AUGGGCCACAAAGCCAUUCAAUUGCUCUGCGACAUUCGAGAUGAAUAUGAAACAGAAAAAUGUCAAAUAGUUAUUAAUGGAUGUAUUGGUACACGCGACGAUGCUUAUAAUCUUGCGACUACUAUGACGGUUGAAGAAGCUCAAGCACAUCAUACGAUACAAAUCGAUGUUUUCAGUCAAACAAAAGCGAAUAUGAUCACUGUUUUCACAUUGAACUAUCCCGAAGAAGUUGCUGGAAUGGAAGCUAUCGAAUUCGUUGAUAAAGUUACUCAAAAUUUAGCCAUUGAUUACAUGAUUAACUGUGCAUACCCAAGUAGUUUUGAACAUGUUUUGAUGCCCGAUGAACCUUGGACAGCACGAAUUCAUGGUGUCAAAGUUAGGGGUGGUACGUUUACGUUAAUUUAA